GGUUGGCGAGCGGAUAGAGUAGCGGUGGUGGAUGUGAGGCUUCGGACUGAUGUCUCUGCCUAAUAUCAGGAAUCUAAAGUGUCUCUCGCCCGUCAUGUGCCAGUGUAAGGUCAUCUGCAGCAACCGGACCCUGUCGCUCAUGUUCGGGUGUAAGAAGUACAGGUACCAGGAUGAGGAGACGCCCCCCUUGGAGCACAGCCCGGCACAUCUGGCUCCGGGGAAAAGUGCCGAAAUGCUGCACAUGAGCGACAAGAACCUCGCCGCCAUGGAGGCCAUCCACGGCUACACGCCGCACACGCAUAUCUCUCCCGUUAAGCCUGUAUUGAUGUCGACAGGACACACUCCAAUGUACACUUCUGCUGUUUCCACACUGGGAAAUAGUCCUCCUGUGGUGGUGAACACGGACACGCUCGAUGGAUCGCCAUAUGUGAAUGGCACCGAAGGGGAAAUCGAAUAUGAGGAAAUCACACUGGAGAGAGGGAACUCAGGCCUGGGAUUCAGCAUAGCAGGGGGAACCGACAAUCCUCACGUGGGUGACGACCCGAGCAUCUUCAUCACAAAAAUCAUACCUGGAGGAGCAGCGGCUCAGGACGGACGCCUAAGUGUGAACGACUGCAUCCUCUUUGUGAAUGACGUUGACGUAAGAGAGGUGACACACAGCCAAGCUGUGGAGGCUCUGAAGGAAGCAGGUGCUAUCGUCCGCCUCUACGUUCUCCGUCGGAAACCUGCGGCGGAGAAGAUCACUGAGCUCAAACUUAUCAAAGGGCCAAAAGGGCUAGGUUUCAGUAUUGCCGGAGGAGUUGGAAACCAGCACAUACCAGGAGAUAACAGCAUCUAUGUCACCAAAAUCAUCGAAGGUGGAGCAGCACACAAAGAUGGACGCCUGCAGAUCGGGGAUAAGAUCUUGGCGGUCAAUAACGUCUGUCUGGAAGACGUCAUGCAUGAAGAUGCGGUGGGGGCACUGAAGAACACAGCCGAGGUGGUGUACCUCAGGGUGGCCAAGCCCAACAACCUGUUUCUGAGCAACUCCUAUAACCCUCCCGAUCUCACCAACACAUAUUCCCACAUGGAUACCGAACUCAGCCACCCCAACUACCUUGGCUCGGAUUACCCGCAAGCCCUCACUCCCACCUCACCGAGUCGCUUUUCGCCUGUUCUACACGGCCUGAUGGGCGACGACGACAUCCCCAGAGAACCUCGCCGGGUUCUCAUUCACCGAGGCUCCACGGGUCUCGGAUUCAAUAUCGUUGGGGGAGAAGACGGAGAGGGGAUUUUUAUCUCUUUCAUCCUGGCAGGAGGGCCGGCCGACCUCAGCGGAGAGCUUCACAAGGGCGAUCAGAUCCUCAGUGUGAACGGCGUGGACCUGCGAAUGGCCACGCACGAGCAGGCGGCGGCGGCUCUGAAGAACGCCGGCCAGACGGUGACCAUCAUCGCUCAGUAUAGACCGGACGAGUACAGUCGUUUUGAGGCCAAGAUCCACGACUUGAGGGAGCAGUUGAUGAACAGCAGCAUGGGCUCCGGGACCACCACGCUACGAAGCAAUCCGAAGAGGGGCUUCUACAUCAGGGCUCUGUUUGACUACGACAAGACGGCGGACUGCGGCUUCCUCAGCCAGGCGCUCGGCUUCAGGUUUGGGGACGUUCUCCACGUGUUGGACUGUGGGGACGAGGAAUGGUGGCAGGCGCGCAAGGUCAGCCCCCAGAAUGAGGCUGAGGAGGUUGGCUUCAUUCCCAGCAAACACAGGGUGGAAAGAAAAGAGUGGUCACGCGUCAACACCAAAGAGAGGGAUCACGGUCGGGACACGAUGGGAACGCAAGGGAGAGAUAAAACAUCGCACAGUUAUGAGACCGUCACCCAAGUGGAAGUUCACUACGCGAGGCCCAUCAUCAUCCUGGGACCUGUGAAGGACAGAAUAAACGAUGACCUAUUGUCCGAGUUCCCUGACAAGUUUGGCUCGUGUGUCCCGCACACGACGCGUCCCAAACGGGAGUACGAAGUGGAUGGGCGGGACUACCACUUUGUGUCGUCAAGGGAACAGAUGGAGAAAGACAUCCAGAGCCAUCGCUUCAUCGAAGCGGGCCAGUAUAACAGUCAUCUGUACGGCACCAGUGUCCAGAGUGUCCGCGAGGUGGCUGAACAGCAAGGGAAACACUGCAUCCUGGACGUGUCGGCCAACGCUGUCCGACGACUACAAGCCGCUCAGCUUCAUCCUAUUGCCAUCUUCGUCCGGCCUAAGUCGCUGGAGAAUGUUCUAGAGAUUAACACUCGCCUGACCGAGGAGCAGGCCAGGAAAGGAAUGGACCGAGCCCUCAAACUAGAACAAGAUUUCCUCGAGUGUUUCUCCGCUGUCGUCGAAGGAGAUAGCUUUGAAGAGGUCUAUCACAAAGUAAAGACAGUGAUCGAGGAGCAAUCAGGGCCUUAUAUUUGGAUUCCCACCCGGGAGAGGCUGUGAUGCCCUCCCUGCCCCGCAUAUCAUCGACCGUUUCACGCCACCCUUCACCGCCGAGCCGGCCGCGCCUCCUGGGCCGUCCUCCAGCGAGGCUUCACUGAAGAAGACAGAUAACAAAAAACAGGAAGUGAUGACGUGAGAAAAAAAAACAGACGGACACACAGUGAUGUGUAAUUAGACUGAAACAGACGUAAUUAGUAUUCCACUUCCAUGAGGCUGACGCCACGUUCACACCUGGCACUAAAAAGCCAUUUCACACCCCCAAACCGGGGACACAAGAUAUCUGGGAGACAGUUGGUGUCAGAAUGAAUGUGUGGCGAUGACGAGGAACACACCUCAGCUUUUGUUCCUCGGCAUUUAGCAGAGCGAAAAUGUCCUCACAUCCAAAGGAGUCGAAUCAAUGGGAUGAGUUCCGGCAUAUCCCGGAUGCAUUUUGGUGUCAAGUGUGAACUGUUGCAUAUCUCAUCUGUGGCGAAAACAGUCUGGAGGUAAACAAGACAUCAGGUUUGAGCAGAGAUGUAAAAAAAAAAAAAGGUAGUACAGGGUGACAUGGGUGGACCCCAAGGUACUUUGAAGCCUCCAACUGACAUGAAGGUGCCCUAAAAGACUUUGGUUACCCUAUUUUCUUGUUUCCCGUCCGCUGACUAUCUGUCCACCAGUCAACUCUGCCUUGUUUCAGGACAGAAAAUGAGUAGUGGGGUGCUGCUGAGACCCCCAUGGCCAAAAAACGUCUUCUAUGGGCUAUAAUCAGUGUUUGUUUUUUUUCUCGGUUCUGAAGUGAACUCGAAAAAUCCAACCCCAGUGACCAAGACUGAUCACUCGUCAAAUAUCAAAAGGCACUAUUAUUGAAAGGCUGUGGAAACUAUUAUAAUGAGAGAAGG